AUGUUUGCCUGGCCUGGCAUGGGCAAUGACGUCAAAACUUGGGCCCGGUUCUGCCCCACUAGGUCUCCAUCCGGCACUUUUUCAAGAACCGACGGACGUUUCAGUCAUUUCCAUCUUGAGGGCGUUGGCCCUUUGCCUUCAGCCAAUGAUUUUGCACAUCUUUUGACAAGCGUCGACUGCUAUACCAGCUGGUCAAAAGCCCUCCAGUUGACAAACGCACAGGCAGACACUUUCAAAAACGGCUUUUUCAGUCGCUGUGUCGCAUUUUUUGGUACGCCAUCUACGGUUUCGACUGAUGGAUGGGCCCAGUUGGCGUCUGACCUCUUGGUUGCACUGGCUGCCGAACAAACGCCUACCACCCAGCCGCCAAUGGCAUGA